AUGGAUAACUCGCGGAAAAAUAGUAGGAGAAUUAGAAAGAAGUCUAAAUCAAGAGCUAUAAACAAGAAAGUGUCUCUUCAUCAAAUGCCAAAAAUUUCUCCAGUCAAACAAAUGCUUGGCCAUGGAUUUCACAAACACAAUACUUCAAUAGAUCUAUAUAAACAAGGAGUUUUGACAUCAAAAUGAAGUCAUAAAUAAAUUUACAUUUCAAAAUAAGUUCAAAAACCCUCCAAAAUCCACUAAAAACACAAAGAACGUUCACUUAAAUUCUUCAUUUUUGUUGAAUGAAAACUCCAGAUGUGAGAGUUCACAACAUAUGCUAAAUAAUACCAUGAAUGAGAGAAGGAUAUCUGAUCCAAUCUUAAUCAAUAACCAAAGUUCCAAAUAUCUGAAGAGUAUUCCAAAGAACCUGUCUGGAAAGGACAAAAACGGGCAUCCGGCAUCUCAUAAUAUCUCUCAUUUGAGCUUGAUAAAAGCAAGAAGACCUAAAAGAGACCAGAUUCAAUCACUUAUAAAUAGGACAGAAGAAGACAUACAACUAAAAAGAUUAGAUUCUGAUUCAGAUAUGGAGAAUUUUGAAGAUAUCGAAGAGUCUAAAGAUGGGAUUAUCUCCAAAGAUAACAACAUUGGUAAUAUGCUCAACAACUCAAGAAAUAACUUUGGAGGCUCUUCAAGAAGAAAAUUAUCAUACACUAAUGCUGAAGGGAUGAAUUUAGUUCAAAGAGUAAAUAAUUUGAAUAAAACUCAUGAUUAUCAUCAUUCUGCUCUAAAUCUUCAUUCAACUAACUUGAAACUACUUGGAAGAGAAGAUGAUCAGAAAUUUUCAAAUUUCAGAAGCAAAUAUCAGCAAUGAAAUCCUCAUGAAAUCUCGCUGGGCAACUUCAAACAUGCUAUUAAAAGAAGUAGUAACUCUAGAAGUUCGACUAGAUAUGCUAAGAAUUUUGAGACUUUUCCAAAUGCCCUUCUUAAUGAUAAAUCCAUUACGAAAUAUGUAGAUACUAGCCAAUUGCUUAAUAAUGAAGAGCCUCAUAAAAAUGCGAAGAGUCAAAAUAAAAUUCAUGAUAAUGAAGAAGUGAAGCUGUUUACUGAUGAUGAAUUCGAUGAAGAUGAGUUUUAUAUCAGGCCAGAUGAAGAGAUAAUGAUCACUCCCUCUACUGAUAGUAAACACAUGAGUAGGAUAUACCAAGAUGCUCUAAAUCAGCAAUCUGAUUCAGUUGAAAAACCUCUAAAAAGAGUUUCAAAAUUAAGUGGGAUACUUGAUAGUUCACAUAAAUCUGAAUAUCAGAAAUCUAGUUCAAACAUUGUACCUAAGAUUGAGCUAUCUUUGAUCCCUGACAACCAGUACACAGAAAAUGAGAUUAACCUAGGAAAAUGAGAAGAAGACCAGUUCCCCCUUGUUGAAAAUAUUGAUCUCAUGAUGCUUGAGGAAGAAUUAGAUCAGGAAGAAGUUCAACCAAACCUUCAGAAUCGGAACAACCUAAUAACAUUCGACUCAAAAUGUGCUGCCCCUCAGGUGGAGGCAAAUUGAGGAGUGGGGAAUCUCGAGAAUUCUCUUAGAAUUUUAGAUAAGCAAAUUGGUGCUAAAAUUCAUUUAACCUCUGAUUUUGGAUGCUCCAAAUAAAGAUGCUGAAUGACAAGUCAAUAUUAAAGACCCAGAAAUGCUAAUCAAGAGAGAUAAGGAGGUCAUGAAAUGGAAAAAGGCAUUUCAGGCUGAGCAAAAGAAUAAUAAAUUAACCAGGACUGUCCUUGAUCAAGCUUUGGCCUUAUCCAUGAAAUUGUUAAACGAAGUGAAAGCUUUGGACAUAAAACUCUACAAAGAAACUGAGAAAAAUAAACAACUGGUUGGUAUUGUCACGAAAAAUGAUGUUGAGAUUGACCGAGGAGAUGGCACACCUUUGAAAAUGUCUAAUGAGAAAGACUCUGGAUCCUCUUGAUCUCACAUAAUAAGAAAAUCUACUGAAGAAAUCGAAAAUAUUAUCAGAAAAAUCCAGUUUGACAGCGAUAAAAAGAGAAGUGCUGAGAAACCUCCGCAGGUCCCUCGGUUUAAGUAA